UUUUCCUCCUCUCGCCCUGCUCAUGUUGGGCUUUUCUCUCUGUCACGGCAGGCUCAGGAUGGAGAACUAGCAGCCUCUGGGCACUGCAGCCUAGAACCCCCUGCCCCAGUUACGUCUCCUGUCCCACACCCUCCAUUUGUGCUGGCUUUCAAAGGGCCAUUUUCUCCCUUCCUCCUCAUCUGGCAAAGGCAAGCACAGGAAGAGCGCGCCCGCCUCUCAAUGCGAAGCCACACGAGGAAGAAAGGGCAGAAGGUCUCUCUCUCUCCCGAGCAGCGUGAGCCCAGCCGGGGCAGAUCCCAGCACACGCUGAGCCUGGGGGGAUUAUGAGGCAAACAUGAGCCUCCUGCAGAAGUGGGUGUUAGCAGCUUUCAUCUCCCUCGUGCCUCAGUCAGGUCGCGCUAAGGCGGAGACGCAGCCUGGUGCUUUGCAGGGGAGGUUUCCCAGCCCCAGAUGGGACACAAGGCCGGUUGCUUCAGAAAUCACCCACCCCAGCAGAUAUACAAGGAGCAGCUGAACACGCGCAUCGUGCUGGUGGCCAUGGAAACGUGGGCCUCCGAGGACAAGAUCCACGUGGGGGAGGAUUCGCUGCAGACGCUGAGCGACUUCAUGAGAUACCGGACGGAGGCGCUGCCGGAGCAGAGCGAUGCUGUUCACCUCUUCUCCGGGAGGACGUUCCAGAGCAGCCGCAGCGGGACGGCCUACGUGGGAGGGAUCUGCUCCCUCACCCGAGGUGGGGGUGUCAAUGAGUACGGGAACGUCGGCGCCAUGGCUGUGACUCUCGCUCAGACCCUCGGGCAGAACGUCGGCAUGAUGUGGAACAAGCAGCGGCGCGCCGCAGGGGACUGCCGGUGUCCAGAUUCCUGGCUGGGCUGCAUCAUGGAAGACACGGGGUAUUACCUCCCGCGCAAGUUCUCCCGUUGCAGCAUCGAGGAGUACAGUCAGUUCCUGCAGGAGGGUGGGGGCAGCUGCCUCUUUAACAAACCCUUAAAGCUGCUGGACCCCCCUGAGUGCGGCAAUGGCUUUGUGCAGGCCGGAGAGGAAUGUGACUGCGGCUCGCUUGCGGAGUGUGCAAAGGGCGGCGGGAACUGCUGCAAGAAAUGCACCCUGACCCACAAUGCCAUGUGCAGCGACGGGCUCUGCUGCAAAGGCUGCCAGUACGAGCCGCGGGGCACACCGUGUCGGGAAGCUGUCAAUGAGUGCGACAUCCCAGAGAGCUGCACUGGGGACUCCAGCCAGUGCCCACCCAACCUGCACAAGCUGGACGGCUACUUCUGCGACCACGAGCAGGGCCGGUGCUAUGGGGGCAGGUGCAAAACCAGGGACAGACAGUGCAAUGCACUCUGGGGGCGUGCGGCUGCCGACAGGUUCUGCUACGAGAAGCUGAACGUGGAAGGGACCGAGAGAGGGAACUGUGGGCGCGAGGGCCCAGCCUGGGUGCAGUGCAGCAAGCAAGACGUCCUGUGCGGCUACCUGCUGUGCACCAACAUCACGGGCGUGCCGCGGCUGGGCGAGCUCAGCGGGGAGAUCACCACGAUGACCUUCUACCACCAGAACAGAUACGUCGACUGCAGAGGUGGGCACGUCCAGCUGGUGGACGGCUCGGAUCUGAGCUACGUGGAGGACGGCACGCCCUGCGGCCCCAGCAUGCUGUGUCUUGACCACAAAUGCCUUCCCGCAGCAGCCUUCAAUUUCAGCGCCUGCCCUAGCAGCUGGGACGGGAUGAUCUGCUUUGACCAUGGGGUCUGCAGCAACGAGGGCAAGUGCAUCUGCCAGGCGGACUGGACGGGGAAGGACUGCAGCGUCUACGACCCCAUCCCGGAGCCCAGGCCCACCGGCGAAACCGAGAGAUACAAGGGUCC